UUCCGCUCUUGGAUUCUAAUAGAGUAUCUCAAGAUGGCGUCGAGUGGAGGAGAUGGAGAACCUGAGUGGACCGCAGCCGUACGGCCACUUUUAUCAGCGUCCUACACGGCUUUCGAAACGAAAGAGCUACCUCAGCUUAUAGGAUCCAUCAUAAACAGUGAAUCUGAGAUUCUUCACCAUGACAAACAGUAUGAGCCAUUCUACUCCUCGUUUGUGGCACUAUCUGCACAUUACAUCACCACAGUUUGUGGACAAAUCCCCAGAAAUCAGCUGCUGUCGGUAGCUGCAGCAUGUAAAGUAUUGAUUGAAUUCUCACUGCUGCGUCUGGAAAAUCCUGAUGAAGCAUGUGCAGUCUCUCAGAAGCACCUGAUCCUCUUAAUAAAAGGCCUUUGUACUGGCUGCAGUCGAUUGGAUCGAACAGAGAUCAUCACCUUUACUGCGAUGAUGAAGUCGGCCAAACUUCCCCAAACUGUCAAGACACUUUCUGAUGUGGAGGACCAGAAGGAGAUUCCCUCCCCUGUUAACCCCGAACUCAGACAUAAAGAAGUCCAAAUGAACUUUUUCAAUCAGCUCACAUCAGUGUUUAACCCUGACAUUACCGGGCUAGCCUCUCCAUCUGUUCACAUGCAGGGUGAGAAUGAAUGUGAUGACCAGACAACAGCAGAUCAGGCAACGCAGGCCAAAAUGAAGAAUGCCUUCAUCUCUCAAAAUGUGUCCAGUUUACAAGAAUUAGGGGGUUCAGAGAAGUUGCUGCGUGUGUGCCUCAACCUUCCCUACUUCUUACGGUAUAUCAACCGCUUCCAGGAUGCGGUAUCCGCCAACUCUUUCUUCAUCAUGCCGGCCACUGUGGCAGAUGCUACCGCUGUCCGAAAUGGUUUUCACUCCCUGGUGAUUGACGUGACCAUGGCCUUGGACACGCUUUCCUUGCCUGUACUGGAGCCUUUGACCCCUGGGAGGCUACUUGAUGUGACUGUGUUGGCACUAAGCUGCCUCUAUGCAGGUGUGAGUGUGGCAACUUGCAUGGCCAUACUGCAGGUGGGCAGUGGCUUGCAGCUUCGUGCAGCCUCCACUGGCUCCAAGGAGGAAGACUAUGAAAAUGACGCUGCUACCAUUGUGCAGAAAUGCCUGGAAAUCUAUGAGAUGAUUGGACAGGCCAUCAGUAACUCUCGCAGAGCUGGAGGGGAGCAUUAUCAGAACUUUCAGCUCUUGGGUGCCUGGUGCCUGUUGAACAGCCUGUAUUUGAUACUGAACCUGAGCCCCACGGCCCUUGCUGAUAAAGGAAAGGAGAAAGAUCCCCUGGCAGCACUACGGGUCCGAGACAUCGCCACCCGAACCAAGGACGGAGCAGGAUCUCCUAAACUUGGCCCAGGGAAAGGGCACCAAGGUUUUGGGGUUCUGUCAGUCAUUCUGGCCAAUCACUCAAUCAAGCUGCUCACAUCACUGUUCCAGGACUUACAAGUGGAGGCUCUUCAUAGAGGCUGGGCCAGUGACGGGCCUCCAGCAGAGCUGAACAUCAUGGCCCAGAGCACGUCCAUCCAGAGAGUGCAGAGACUCAUUGAUUCGGUCCCUCUCACCAACCUGCUCUUCACACUGCUCUCCACCUCCUAUAAAAAGGCAUGUGUGCUGCAGCGGCAGAGGAAGGGUUCGGUCAGCAGUGACGCCAGUGCCUCCACUGACUCCAACACUUACUAUGAAGAUGACUUCAGCAGCACAGAAGAGGACAGCAGUCAAGAUGAUGAUAGUGAGCCCAUUCUGGGACUGUGGUUUGAAGAGACAAUUUCUCCCAGUAAAGAGAAGGUGGCACCUCCACCUCCCCCUCCUCCCCCACCUCUGGAAACAUCCCCGAGACUGAAGAGCCCCAGCAAGCUGAACACGGCAGAGAACGGCAACAUUCUGGCUAGUCGCAAGGACCCAGAGUUGUUUUUGAGUUUGGCCUCAAGCAUACUGAACUUCAUCACCACCUCCAUGCUGAAGUCCAGAAAUAAUUUCAUUCGCAACUACCUGAGUGUGUCGCUCACGGAGCAGCACAUGGCCACCCUCGCCAGCAUCAUCAAGGAUGUCGACAAAGAUGUCAAAGGUUCCUCUGAUGACGAAUUUGCCUCAGCCCUCUAUCACUUUAAUCACUCUCUGGUAACAUCAGACCUGCCCUCUCCAUCCCUACAGAACACUCUUCUGCAGCAGUUAGGUGUUGCCCCAUUCUCAGAGGGUCCCUGGCCCAUGUACAUCCAUCCUCAGUCUCUCUCAGUGCUCUCCAGGUUACUGCUGAUCUGGCAGCAUAAAGCCAGCCAGCAGGGGGAGCCUGAUGUACCCGAGUGCAUGAAGGUCUGGGAGAGGUUUGUGGGCACUCUAAAACAGCACACGCUACAAGGAGCGGUCCCUGCUGAUGAGGACCUCAAUGUUGAACACCUCCAGCUGCUAUUGCUCAUCUUUCACAACUUCUCUGAAAAGGGCCGUCGCAACGUCCUAACCCUCUGCAUGCAGGCCAUCGCUGAAAUCGCGGCCCAUGUGGAUUCUCAGCUUCAGGCUGUACCCCUCAACCUGGCCCGCAUCUUGCUUGUGUUUGACUACCUGCUGCACCAAUACUCAAAAGCUCCCAUGUACUUGUUUGAGCAGGUCCAGUACAAUCUUCUGACACCAUUGGCAUCCGGUGGCAGUUCAGGACAGGAUGGGGGAAAGAGAGGUGCCGUCCCACUUUAUUAUGGUUUCAAAGAGGUGGAGGAGAACUGGGCCAAGCACUGCUCGGCAGAUUCCACAGUGCAGCCGAAAUUCUACUGCGUUCUGUCCCCUGAAGCCUCAGAGGAUGACAGGAGUCGACUUGACGGCAAGGUCUUCCAAGUGUUGUUCAGUGGUGCGGUGAAGUAUGACGACUUGUACUCCUCGUUGAUCUCCCUGUUGGCUGCAGGCUCCCGCUUUGACACAGCGAGACGGCAGGAAAAUAAGCCCAUCACCCCAGUAGAAGCAUGUUCCUUGCAGUACUACUUCCUGGUGCUGUGGAAGAUCUUGGGAGUGCUGCCACCCUCAAAGGCCUAUGUUGAGCAGCUUAAGAGUGGCAACAGUGACCCCAGCGAGAGUGACAUCUUACACACCCUGAGGUGGUCGUCAAGGUUGCGAGUCAGCACUUUCGUCAACUGGAUCAAGGAACACCUAGUGAAACAGGGAAUGAAAGCUGACCAUGCCACAUCUCUGAUCGAAGUGGCCUCGGCAAAGUGCAGUGCAGUGAAAUAUGAUGUGGAUCUUGCAGAGGAAUACAUUGCCAGACAGAUUUCGUCGUUUUGCUGCGUGGACCCCAACAGCAUCCUACCUCUUCACCAAGUACCCUCUCUACAAACCAUCUACACAUUGGAUGCUGUGAUUUCCAAAGUGCAAGUGUCUUUAGAUGAGCAUUUCUCCAAAGUAGCUGCUGAUACAGACCCCCAAAAAUCCUCUGAGAUCACCAAAAACCUGCUGCCCGCCACGCUGCAGCUCAUUGACGUCUAUACAGCCUUCACCAGAUCAUAUCUGCUGAUGAGUCUGCCAGAGGAAGGAGAAAACAAACCCACUGAAGCUAAACUGCAGGGUUAUGCUGCUGUGUUGUCCAUCGGAUCCACACGCUGCAAAGCCAACUUGCUUGGUCAGACUGUGAUGCAGAAUCUGCCAUCAGCCGUUCAGACACUGUGUGAAACAUGGAACAACAUUCACACUAAUGAAUUCCCUAACAUUGGCUCAUGGCGGAACGCCUUUGCCAAUGACACCAUCCCGUCGGAAAGUUACAUCAGUGCAAUUCAAGCGGCCCACCUGGGGACCCUCAGCAACCAAUCGCUGUCCUUAGCCUCCUCUCUCAAACACAUUCUGCUCUCGUUAGUGCGCCUUACUGGGGAUCUCAUUGUCACAGAGGAGCUGAACAGUCCACAGGUGAUCCGCACACUGCUGCCCCUCCUGCUGGAGAGCAGCACAGAGAGCGUUGCGGAGAUCUGUAGCACGUCGCUGGAGAGGAUCCUGGGUCCCGCCGAGUCAGAUGCUUUCCUGGCUCUCGUCUACGAGCGUCUCAUCACAGGCUGCUACAACAUCAUCGCCAAUCACUCUGAUCCUAACAGUGGUCUGGAUGAGUCCGUUCUUGAAGAAUGUUUACAGUACCUGGAGAAACAGCUGGAAAGCAGUCAAGUCCGUAAAGCAAUGGAGGAAUUCUUCUCAUUCAGUGGAGAAUUGGUGCAGAUCAUGAUGGCCACUGCCAACGAGAACCUAUCGGCAAAGUUCUGCAACCGGGUUCUGAAAUUCUUCACUAAACUGUUCCAGCUCACGGAAAAGAGCCCCAAUCCCAGCCUUCUGUGCCUGUGUGGCUCAUUGGCCCAGCUGGCUUGUGUGGAGCCCAUGAGGCUGCAGGCAUGGCUGAGGCGCAUGACGGCCUCCCCUCCUAAAGAUUCAGACCAGCUGGACACAGUGCAAGAGAACAGGCAGCUCCUGCAACUCCUCACCUCCUACAUUGUCCGUGAUAACAGCCAGGUGGGCGAGGGCGUCUGCACGGUGCUUCUGAGCACUCUCAUACCCAUGGCAACGGAGAUGCUGGCCAGCGGGGAUGGGACGGGCUUUCCUGAGCUCAUGGUCAUCAUGGCCACUCUAGCCAGUGCAGGACAAGGAGCAGGACAUCUACAGCUGCACAGAGCUGCCAUUGACUGGCUCACAAGAUGUAAAAAAUACUUGUAUCAGAAGAACGUUGUGGAAAAAGUUAGCGCUAAUGUGUCGCAAGGCAAGCAUGCCAGCAUGCUGGAGUGUGCCUGCCACAUCAUUUCCUACCUGGCGGAUGUGAUGAACGCUUUGAGGCAGAGCAGUGGCCAGGGCUCAUCCCAACUCCUGAUGGAGGGAGAGGAGAAGGCCAUUGAAGUGGACUCUGACUGGGUGGAGGAGCUAGCUGUAGAGGAGGAAGACUCACAGGCUGAAGACUCGGAUGAGGAUUCACUCUGCAAUAAGCUAUGCACCUUCACCAUCACACAAAAGGAGUUCAUGAACCAGCACUGGUAUCACUGUCACACCUGUAAGAUGGUGGAUGGGGUAGGUGUGUGCACAGUGUGUGCCAAGGUCUGUCACAAAGACCAUGAGAUCUCCUAUGCCAAAUACGGCUCUUUCUUCUGUGACUGCGGUGCCAAGGAGGAUGGCAGCUGCCAGGCUCUAGUGAAAAGAAGUCCCAGCAGUGGAAUGAGCUCCACCAUGAAGGAGUCCUCUGCCUUUCAGAGCGAGCUGCGCAUGCCGGAGAGCGCCAUCCGUCACCAGAGCGCCUCACCCGCGGACAAAGGAAAAGUCACCAUCUGUGAUGGCAAAAGCAGCGACGACGACAAGCCCAAGAAGAGCAGCGUGUGUAAAAACAUCGAGGGCUGCAGAGAGGACCUGCUCGUCCAAGUGGCAAGCUCCUCCACAGCAGCCCUGGUGUUGGAGCUGCUCAUUUUCCUAAUGGACGCCAUUCAGACCAACUUCCAGCAGGCAUCAGCGGUGGGCAGCAGCAGCCGGGCUCAGCACGCACUCAAUGAAUUACACACUCAAGACAAGACCGUUGAGAUGACCGACCAGCUCAUGGUUCCCACACUGGGCUCACAAGAGGGCGCAUUUGAGAACGUCAGGAUGAACUACAGUGGAGAUCAAGGACAGACCAUCCGCCAGCUCAUCAGUGCACAUGUGCUGCGUCGGGUGGCCAUGUGUGUGCUGUUCCCCCACGGACGUAGACAACACCUCGCUGUCAGCCAUGAGAAGGGCAAGAUCACGGUCCUGCAGUUGUCUGCGCUGUUGAAGCAGGCUGAUUCCAGUAAAAGGAAACUGACUUUGACUCGUCUAGCCUCCGCUCCAGUUCCCUUCACUGUGCUCAGCCUCACAGGAAACCCCUGUAAUGAGGACUAUCUAGCAGUGUGUGGACUCAAGGACUGUCACGUUCUGACGUUUAGCAGCACAGGCUCUGUGUCAGAUCACUUGGUCCUGCAUCCGCAACUUGCAACUGGAAACUUCAUCAUCAAGGCCAUAUGGCUUCCUGGAUCGCAGACUGAAUUGGCCAUCAUCACUGCUGAUUUUGUCAAGAUUUACGACUUAUCUGUGGAUGCCCUGAGCCCCAUGUACUACUUCCUGUUACCAAGUUCAAAGAUCAGAGAUGCCACAUUCCUGUUCAACGAGGAGGGCAAAAACAUCAUUGUGAUAAUGUCCUCAGCUGGGUACAUGUACACUCAGGUGAUGGAUGAGUCCAGCAGUGCCCAGCACGGACCAUUCUACGUCACCAACGUUCUGGAGAUCAACCAUGAAGAUCUGAAGGAUAGUAAUGGCCAGGUGGCUGGAGGCGGAGUCUCUGUGUAUUACUCCCACGUCCUGCAAAUGCUGUUCUUCAGCUACAGUCAGGGCAAGUCAUUCGCUGCCACAGUGAGCCGCAGCAACAUGGAAACACAGAGGCUCUUCACCAUCAAUGUCAAAGGUUCUAAUGGAGGAAGUAAGACAUCUCCAGCACUCUGUCAGUGGUCAGAAGUGAUGAACCACCCAGGGUUGCUGUGCUGCGUGCAGCAGACCACAGGAAUCCCUCUGGUCAUCAUGGUUAAGCCAGACACGUUCCUCAUCCAGGAAAUCAAAACCCUGCCUGCAAAAGCUAAGAUUCAGGACAUGGUAGCAAUCCGUCACACAGCAAGCAAUGAGCAGCAGCGCACCACUAUGAUUCUGUUGUGUGAAGAUGGCAGCCUCCGUAUAUACAUGGCCAACGUGGAGAACACAUCCUAUUGGCUCCAGCCCUCCCUUCAGCCUAGCAGUGUGAUCAGCAUCAUGAAACCUGUCCGCAAACGCAAGACAGCCACUGCCACCACACGCACAUCCAGCCAAGUCACUUUUCCUGUAGACUUUUUUGAGCACAAUCAGCAGCUGACGGAGGUGGAGUUUGGUGGCAACGACCUGCUGCAGGUCUACAACGGCCAACAGAUCAAACAUCGGCUGAAUUCUACAGGGAUGUAUGUGGCCAACACCAAGCCUGGAGGUUUCACGGUGGAAGUAGUGAACAAUAACAACUCAAUGGUGAUGACUGGAAUGAGGGUGCAGGUGGGCACUCAGGCCAUUGAGCGAGCUCCCUCAUACAUUGAAAUCUUUGGACGCACCAUGCAGUUGAACCUGACACGCUCCCGCUGGUUUGACUUCCCUUUCACCCGUGAAGAAGCCCUUCAGGCAGACAAGAAGCUUUCCAUUUUCAUUGGGGCUUCAGUCGACCCAGCAGGUGUCACCAUGCUGGACUCCAUUAAGAUAUAUGGCAAAACCAAAGAGCAGUUCGGUUGGCCAGACGAGCCCCCGGAGGACUUUCCUUCAGCUGCUGUCAACAACGUGUGCAGCCCGAACCUCAACCAGGGCAACGGCACCGGAGACAGUGAUGUCACCAGCCCCAUCGCAACUAGCGGCACUGUACUGGAGAGGUUGGUGGUCAGCUCACUGGAAGCUCUAGAGAGCUGCUUUGCUGUGGGCUCCCCCGUUGAAAAGGAGAAAAAUAAAGUUGCGGCUCUAGAGUUGGCCACUCUCCUCCUGUCUAUCCCCACUCCUGCUGGAGUACAGCAGCAAACCAAAGGCCUUCUGGCCAGCCUGCACACCAGCCGCACAGCCUACCACAACCACAAGGAUCAGUCUCUGCUGAGCAAUGCAGUACAGUGUCUGAACACCUGCAGUAAAGAAGGGAAGGAGCUGGACCCUGAUGUGUUCCAGAGGCUGGUGAUCACAGCCCGCUCCAUCGCAAUCAUGAGACCAAAUAACCUUGUGCACUUUACAGAGUCCAGACUUCCUCAAUCAGACAUUGAUGUAGGUGAUGAUGGGAAGGAUGGCCUGAAGUAUGAUACUGAGAGCUGUAGCUUCAUCAUGCAACUGGUCACUAACUUCUGGAAACUUCAUGCCCUCAAACCCAAGAACGCCUUUUUGGCUCCAGCCUGUUUGCCAGGUCUUACUCACAUUGAAGCCACAGUGAAUGCUCUGGUUGAUAUCAUUCAUGGCUACUGCACCUGUGAGCUGGAUUACAUCAAUGUGGCAUCCAAAAUCUACAUGCAGAUGCUGCUCUGCCCUGACACCUCUGUGAGCUUUGCUUGCAAGCAGGCUCUGAUUAGAGUUUUGAGACCCAGAAACAAGCGCAGACAUGUGACCUUGCCUUCUCCCCCACGCUCCAACACGCCCAUGGGAGAUAAAGAUGACGAUGAUGAUGACGAUGCUGACGAGAAGCCCUCCAACAUGACGGGAGGGGAAGGCGGCAGGCAGGAGAGUCAAGAGCAAAGCGAGGUGGACCACGGAGAUUUCGAGAUGGUGUCUGAGUCUAUGGUCCUGGAGACGGCAGAGAACGUGAACAAUGGGAACCCCUCGCCUCUGGAAGCACUGCUGGCAGGUGCGGAGGGCUUCCCACCCAUGCUGGACAUCCCCCCAGACGCCGAUGACGAGACCAUGGUGGAGUUGGCUAUAGCUCUCAGUCUGCAACAAGACCAGCAAGGCAGCAGCAGCAGUGCUCUUGGUCUACAGAGUCUGGGUCUGUCCGGCCAAGCCCCCAGCUCCUCAUCUUUGGACGCAGGGACCCUUUCAGACACCACCGCAUCAGCCCCAGCCUCGGAUGAUGAGGGGAGCACAGCGGCCACAGACGGCUCCACGCUGCGCACCUCUCCCGCCGAGCACGGGGGCAGCGUGGGCUCUGAGAGCGGAGGAAGUGCCGUCGACUCAGUUGCAGGUGAACACAAUGUGUCUGGCCGCAGCAGUGCUUACGGAGACACGACUGUUGAAGGACAUCCUGCUGGACCAGGCAGCGUGAGCUCCAGCACAGGAGCCAUCAGUACAACUACAGCCCAGCAUGAAGGAGACGGAUCAGAAGGAGAAGGAGAGACAGAGGGCGACAUCCACACAAGCAACAGGUUGCACAUGGUGCGUUUGAUGCUCUUGGAGCGUCUUCUGCAACACCUGUCCCAGCUUCACACUGUUGGUGGAGUUCAGGCCAUCCCCUACAUGCAGGUCAUCCUCAUGCUGACCACAGAUCUGGACGGAGAGGAUGAGAAAGACAAGGGAGCACUGGACGACCUUCUGGCCCAGCUCAUUGCCGAGCUUGGCAUGCACAAGAAGGAUGUUUCAAAGAAGAAUGAGCGCAGCUCCAUUAACGAGGUGCACCUGGUCAUCAUGAGGCUCCUCAGUGUCUUCAUGUCCCGCACCAAGUCUGGCUCAAAAUCCUCCUCUGAGUCGUCUUCUCUCAUCUCCAACGCAACAGCUACCGCUCUGCUCAGCAUGGGAGCGAUAGACUACUGCCUGCAUGUGCUCAAAUCCCUGCUGGAGUUCUGGAAGACCCAGCAGGGUGAGGAGGAGCCAGCGGCCACCAGUCAGCUCCUUAAACCCCACACUUCAUCCUCACCCCCAGACAUGAGCCCCUUCUUCCUGCGCCAAUAUGUCAAGGGCCACGCUGCUGAUGUGUUUGAAGCGUACUCUCAACUCCUUACCGAGAUGGUCCUCCGACUGCCGUACCAGAUCAAGAAAAUCGCAGAUGCCAACCCACGCAUUCCACCGCCGAUCUUUGAUCACUCCUGGUUCUAUUUCCUGUCAGAGUAUCUGAUGAUCCAGCAGACGCCGUUCGUGAGGCGACAGGUUAGGAAGCUUCUGCUGUUCAUCUGCGGCUCCAAAGAGAAAUACCGCCAACUCCGAGACCUCCACACGCUUGACUCCCACGUGCGUGGCAUCAAGAAGCUUCUGGAGGAGCAGGGCAUCUUCCUGAGGGGAGGAAUCGUCACAGCGACAUCAGGCUCCGCUCUACAGUACGACACUCUCAUUAAUCUGAUGGAGCACCUUAAAGCAUGUGCUGAAAUAGCCACUCAGAGAACAAUCAACUGGCAGAAGUUCUGCAUGAAGGAUGACUCGGUGCUGUACUUCCUGCUGCAAGUGAGUUUCCUAGUGGAUGAGGGUGUUUCUCCGGUCCUGCUGCAGCUGCUCUCUUGUGCCUUAUGUGGCAGUAAAGUCCUGGCGGCCUCAGCAGGAUCUUCAGGUGGAGGUUCAGGAACAUCUCAGCCCUCUCAGGGCAAAUCCUCCAGCAAGAAGAGCAAGAAAGAGGACAAGGAAAAGGACAAAGAAGGAGAUGGAGCUGGCAGUCAGGAAGAUCAGUUGUGUACGGCUCUGGUUAGUCAGCUCAACAAAUUUGCGGAUAAGGAGACUCUUAUUCAGUUCUUGCGUUGCUUCCUGCUCGAGUCCAACUCUUCAUCUGUGCGCUGGCAAGCUCACUGCCUCACGCUGCAUAUCUACAGGAACUCAAACAAAUCCCAGCAGGAGUUGCUGCUCGACCUCAUGUGGGCCAUUUGGCCAGAACUACCUGCUUAUGGACGUAAAGCAGCUCAGUUUGUCGACCUGCUCGGAUAUUUCUCCCUCAAAACACCUCAGACGGAAAAGAAGCUGAAGGAAUACUCUCAAAAAGCUGUAGAAAUUUUGAGAGCACAAAACCACAUCCUGACCAAUCAUCCUAAUUCAAACAUAUACAACACCCUGUCUGGACUGGUGGAAUUUGAUGGAUUUUACCUGGAGAGUGAUCCCUGCUUGGUGUGCAACAAUCCUGAAGUGCCCUUCUCUAACAUCAAACUCUCAUCUAUCAAAGUGGACACCCGUUACACUACAACUCAGCAAGUGGUGAAGUUGAUUGGCAGCCACACUAUCAGCAAAGUCACCGUGAAGAUUGGCGAUCUCAAGAGAACCAAGAUGGUUCGCACAAUCAACCUCUACUACAACAACAGGACCGUACAGGCAAUCGUAGAGCUGAAGAACAAACCUGCUCGCUGGCACAAAGCUAAGAAGGUGCAGCUGACCCCAGGCCAAACUGAAGUGAAGAUCGACCUCCCUCUCCCCAUCGUGGCCUCCAACCUGAUGAUCGAAUUCUCUGAUUUCUAUGAGAACUACCAGGCGUCUUCAGAGACCCUGCAGUGUCCUCGCUGCAGCGCCUCUGUCCCUGCCAACCCGGGAGUUUGCGGCAACUGUGGAGAGAACGUGUAUCAGUGUCAUAAGUGCAGGUCCAUUAAUUAUGACGAAAAGGACCCGUUCCUGUGCAAUGCCUGUGGUUUCUGUAAAUAUGCACGCUUUGACUUCAUGCUGUAUGCAAAACCCUGCUGUGCUGUGGAUCCUAUAGAAAAUGAAGAAGAUAGGAAAAAGGCCGUGACCAACAUCAACACUCUACUCGACAAGGCUGACCGUGUUUACCACCAGCUCAUGGGCCACCGGCCACAGCUGGAGAGUCUGCUGUCCAAAGUGAAUGAGGCUGCACCUGAGAAACCACAGGAUGAUACAGGAGCAGGUGCUGGUCUGGGCACGUCCACUGCCAGUGUCAACCGGUACAUUCAGCAGCUGGCACAGGAAUACAGCGGAGACUGCAAGACUUCAUUCGAUGAGCUCUCCAAAAUCAUCCAGAAAGUGCUUGCGUCGCGUAAGGAGCUGCUGGAGUAUGACCUGCAGCAGCGGGAAGCAGCUACCAAAUCAUCCCGCACAUCCACCCAACCCACCUUCACAGCCAGCCAGUACCGAGCCCUUUCUGUGCUGGGCUGCGGACACACAUCCUCCACCAAGUGCUACGGCUGCGCGUCCGCAGUUACAGGUCACUGCAUCACCCUACUGCGUGCACUGGCGACCAACACUGCCAUCAGGCAGAUCCUGGUACUGCAGGGCCUCAUCCGAGAGCUGUUUGAGUACAAUCUGCGCCGCGGCACUGGAGCCAUGAGGGAGGAGGUCCGCCAGCUCGUCUGUUUGCUCACUAGAGAUCACCCAGAGGCCACGCAACAGAUGAAUGACCUCAUUAUUGCCAAGGUGUCAGCUGCCCUUAAAGGACACUGGGCCAACCCUGAUCUGGUCAGUAGUUUGCAGUAUGAAAUGCUGCUUCUUACAGACUCCAUUGCUAAGGAGGGAGGAUGCUGGGAGCUCAGACUUCGCUGUGCCCUGAGUCUAUUCUUGAUGGCGGUGAAUAUAAAGACCCCUGUUGUGGUGGAAAACAUUACACUGAUGUGCCUGAGGAUCCUGCAAAAACUCAUAAAACCUCCUGCCCCCACCAGCAAGAAAAACAAGGAUACUGCUGUCGAAUCCCUGACUACAGUCAAGCCAUAUAACAACGAGAUCCACGCACAGGCCCAGCUCUGGCUCAAAAAAGACCCAAAGGCAUCUUAUGAAGCCUGGAAAAAGUGCCUUCCUGCUAGAUGUCAGGAAACUGUCUCUAAACCCUUGAAUAAGGCUGAGAUCAGGAGGCAGUACUUGAUGGAGAAGUAUGUGUGGAAGUGGAAGCAGUUCAUGAGGUCCAGAUCGGAAGGCCUGUUCCCUCGCCUGCUCAAACUGGGCCAUAAUAACUGGCUGAGACAGGUGCUCUUCACCCCAGCCACCCAGGCUGCGAGACAGGCGGCUUGCACCAUUGUCGAAGCUCUAACAACAAUCCCUAGCCGCAAGCAGCAGGUUCUGGACCUUCUAACAAGUUAUCUGGAUGAGCUAAGCAUCGCGGGAGAGUGUGCUGCAGAAUACCUGGCUUUGUACCAGAAGCUUAUCAAACCUGCUCACUGGAAGGUUUACCUGGCUGCCCGUGGUGUGCUGCCAUACAUCGGCAACCUCAUCACCAAGGAAAUUGCUCAUCUUCUCGCCCUUGAAGAGGCCACACUGAGCACAGACUUACAGCAGGGAUAUGCCCUCAAGAGCUUAACAGGCCUGCUGUCCUCAUUUGUGGAGGUGGAGUCCAUUAAGCGUCACUUUAAGAGUCGGUUGGUCGGCACAGUCUUGAACGGCUACUUGUGCUUGAGAAAGCUGGUGGUCCAGAGAACUAAACUGAUUGAUGAGACCCAGGACAUGCUGCUGGAGAUGUUGGAAGAUAUGACUACAGGAACGGAGUCGGAGACCAAAGCUUUCAUGGCUGUGUGCAUAGAAACUGCAAAGCGGUACAAUCUGGAUGAUUAUCGCACCCCUGUCUUCAUCUUCGAGAGGUUGUGUAGCAUCAUUUAUCCAGAGGAGAAUGAGGUGACAGAGUUCUUUGUUACGCUGGAGAAGGACCCACAGCAGGAGGACUUCCUGCAGGGCCGUAUGCCAGGAAACCCAUAUAGCAGUAAUGAACCAGGCAUUGGCCCUCUCAUGAGGGAUAUCAAGAACAAAAUCUGCCAGGAUUGCGAUCUUGUGGCACUACUGGAAGACGACAGUGGCAUGGAGCUCCUUGUCAAUAACAAGAUCAUUAGUCUGGAUCUGUCUGUUGCUGAGGUCUAUAAGAGGGUUUGGUGCCCCACUAAUGAGGGUGAGCCAAUGAGGAUCAUCUACAGAAUGAGGGGGCUUCUGGGAGAUGCAACAGAGGAGUUCAUUGAGUCUUUGGACUCAACUACAGAUGAAGAGGAGGAUGAUGAGGAGGUAUAUAAGAUGGCUGGAGUGAUGGCGCAGUGUGGGGGUCUAGAGUGCAUGUUGAACAGGCUCUCUGGAAUCAAAGAUUUCAAACAGGGCAGGCACCUUCUCACCGUUCUUCUCAAGUUAUUUAGUUACUGUGUGAAAGUGAAAAUCAACAGACAGCAGCUGGUGAAACCAGAGAUGAACACUCUGAAUGUUAUGUUGGGCACGCUGAAUCUGGCAUUGGUGGCAGAGCAGGAGAGCAAGGACAGUGGAGGAGCAUCCAUAGCAGAGCAGGUUCUUAGUAUUAUGGAGAUCAUCCUGGAUGAGGCAAAUGCUGAGACUGUGUCUGAAGACAAGGGUAACCUGCUGCUGACGGGUGAUAAGGACCAGCUGGUGAUGCUCCUGGACCAGAUAAACACGUUGUUUGUGCGUUCAAAUCCCAGUGUCCUACAAGGGCUGCUCCGCAUCAUCCCUUACCUGUCCUUUGGUGAACUGGAGAAGAUGCACAUCCUGGUCGAGCGCUUUAAACCCUGCUGCAACUUUGAUAAGUAUGAUGAGGAGCACAGUGCAGAUGACAAGGUGUUCCUGGACUGCUUCUGUAAAAUAGCUGCUGGAAUCAAGAACAAUAGUAAUGGCCAUCAACUGAAAGACCUCAUCUUACAGAAGGGCAUUACCCAGAGUGCUCUGGACUAUAUGAAGAAACAUAUCCCCUGUGCUAAGAACCUGGAUGCAGACAUUUGGAAGAAAUUCCUUGCUCGACCAGCCCUUCCGUUCAUCCUUAGACUGCUGCGUGGUCUGGCCACCCAACACCCCCCUACACAGAUGCUAAUCGGAACAGAUUCAAUAACCAAUUUGCACAAGCUAGAGCAGGUGUCCAGUGACGAGGGUAUCGGCACUUUAGCAGAGAAUCUUCUGGAGGCUCUAAGGGAGCACGCCGAGGUUAACCUGAAGAUCGACGCUGCUCGAAGGGAGACUCGAGCGGAGAAGAAACGUAUGGCCAUGGCGAUGAGGCAGAAAGCUCUCGGCACAUUGGGAAUGACAACCAAUGAGAAGGGUCAGGUGGUGACUAAGACAUCCCUGCUUAAACAGAUGGAGGAGCUCAUAGAAGAACCUGGGUUGACUUGCUGUAUUUGUAGAGAGGGCUAUAAGUUCCAGCCUACCAAAGUUCUGGGCAUCUACACAUUUACGAAGCGUGUGGCCCUUGAGGAGUUUGAGAACAAACCCCGCAAGCAGCAGGGUUACAGCACUGUCUCACACUUUAACAUAGUCCACUAUGACUGUCACCUUGCUGCUGUCAGGCUUGCCAGAGGGCGUGAGGAAUGGGAAAGUGCGGCACUACAGAACGCCAACACAAAGUGCAAUGGGCUCCUACCAGUAUGGGGGCCACACGUACCCGAAUCUGCCUUUGCCACCUGCCUGGCAAGGCACAACACAUAUCUGCAAGAGUGCACAGGGCAAAGGGAACCGACAUACCAGCUCAACAUUCAUGAUACCAAGCUGCUGUUCCUGCGCUUUGCAAUGGAGCAAUCCUUUAGCGUGGACACAGGGGGAGGAGGCCGCGAAAGCAACAUCCACCUCAUCCCUUACAUCAUUCACACAGUUCUUUACGUCCUCAACACAACAAGGGCCACAUCACGAGAGGAGAAGAAUCUACAGAGUUUCUUGGAGCAGCCUUGUGAGAAGUGGGUGGAGACUUCGUACGAGGUUGAUGGGCCGCACUACUUCACUAUAUUGGCCAUGCACAUCCUCCCACCCGAGCGCUGGAGGACUACUCGUGUUGACUUCCUGCGUAGGCUGCUGGUCACAUCUCAUGCCCGCAAGGUCUCACCAGGGGGUGCUAACAAGCUCACUGACAAAGCAGUGAAGGAGUAUGCCGUUUACCGCUCACCGCUUCUCUUCUGGGGUCUGGUGGAUCUUAUCUAUGAUAUGUUCAGGAAAGUGCCCACCAGCAACACAGAAGGAGGCUGGUCCUUCUCGCUCGCAGAGUACAUAAGGCACAAUGACAUGCCUAUCUAUGAGGCUUCAGAAAGGGUGUUGAGGUCUUUCCAGGAUGAACUCAUGCCUGCUGAAUCCUUCUCAGAGUUCCUGGAUGUCGUAGGGCUUCUGUCAGAAAUCCCAGACCCUGACGCCUUCCUGCAGGACCUGUUGAACUCUGUGCCCUGAUGGCACACAUUUAUGCACCUCACUUUAUGGACUCGUGACCGCUCUGUCCAGUGCAGGUGUUCCUUAAACAUGGAGUCUGUCCGCUACCAGGACCCAGCUAUUCGCAACUCCAAAGGGACACCUUUCAAUCGGGGCCCAGGCUCCCAAAACUUCUAUCAGCUCGCAUACACACUCAUUCACCUCCACUUCUGCUCCUGAUCUCCGCGUGGGUUCAUUCAGUUAUAACUCUCUUCUAAACAAGUGACGAGUAGCCUGACGAGUUAAUGCGCAUUUAUUCUACAAUGGUUUUGUAACAUCUAAUACACAUAAACACACCGUUCUCUUUUGAUCUGAAAUGUUGCAGGUAGUCUGAUUGGGAAUUAUUUCAUAAACGACCUUUGAUGGCAUUUGUUUUUCCCUUUGUGAUUUUGUUUGUUUGUUUUUUUUUGACUCAAGAUCUAAAUUGGCUAAGAGUUACAGAUUCACUCAAAUGUGAACUAAUCUAAUCUCAUUGUUUUUUAUUUUUUGUGGACCUUUUUGCAGUGGUGUUCUAUGAAUUGUUUGCAGUUUGUAAGAAAGGCAAGGCCUGACACUGGUUCUGUGAUGCGAUGCAAAUGUGUGACGAUUGUUUUCCGUGUGUAAAUGGUUAAAGAGUGAGAUGAAAGCUUGUUUAAUGUGUUUUUUCCCGUGAAAUGGAAAUACUUUCUGAUUUGUAAAGGGUUUACCUGCAUCAACAAUGAAACACAAAGAUAAAGAGAAUAAAAAAGGGCCUGCGUAUUUAUUUUGGGAGCCUUUUUCCACUUUGUUUUUCUGGUUGUGUUAUUGUUUUGAUCAAAAACACGAUACUAAAUUUAUUUUUCGUUGUGUCUUCCAUGUGACCGUAAUUCACUCAAUAAUAUUCCGCAGAUUAAACAUUUUCCCCAGAGCAAGUUGUGCCUCUGGUAAGCAAGGUGCCACUGAGAAGAGUCUCAGUGAUUUUAAGUUUAUUCUUACAAUAUAAACACACACCUGCGAUAGGGUGUUCUUGAGCUGAAUGCAUGGUGUGAAGUUUGUUUAAAAUAAGAAAACAAGAAAAACCCACUUAGUGUUUAUUCGCCUAUUCCCGCUGCUACAAUGUUCAACUGUUGCUGAAUGUCUGCUUUUUGAAUUAGCUCAACUUAAUAAAGGUGUAAGAAUACCA